CAGAAGCAAAAAAACCAAGUGACUGAAGUCCUUCAGUACCAGUGUUACUGCAGCUUACAGUGCGUUCACAUCUGUUGUGACCGAAGAGUUUGUGACAAGGAAUAUAAAGAGGUGGGCCUACGACUCAUCCCCUUUGUGAGGAAAGUAACGAUUCAAAGACGAUACAGGGCAAUUAUCUAUCAUGGAUUUCUUACAAAACAUGGUAUAUUAUUGGACAAAAGAGCUCGAUCCAAGAGUAGCCGAUCUAUUGUUCGUCGAUUCUGCUUAUCAAAUACCACUUAUAAUAUUUGCAUAUCUGUACUUCGUGGUCGUCUAUGGGCCUAAAUUCAUGAAGAACAAGCCGCCAUACAAAUUAAAGACUUUUAUACAAUUGUAUAAUAUUAUUCAAAUUUUCCUAAAUACGUGGUUAAUUUACGAAUCAACUGAUGCAGGUUUAUUCACGAACAAGAUAAUAUGUCUCGGUCCUGAUUAUUCUUACAAUUAUAAUGCAAUGAGGAUUACUAGAUGUGUAUGGAUUUAUUUAUUGCUAAAAAUAUUUGAUUUGGUCGAAACAGUCUUAUUUGUAUUAAGAAAAAAAGACAAUCAGGUAUCUGGUUUGCAUUUGUACCAUCACGUCUCUAGUGUACUUAUAGUGUGGUUAUGUGUAAGAUAUUUGAAUACUACUUUCAUCGGAAUUAUUGGCGUAAUCAACUGCUUAAUACACGUGAUAAUGUAUACGUAUUACUUCCUGGCAGCCUGUGGACCGAUCGUCCAAAAAACUAUUGCACCUAUAAAACGAUGGAUAACUACAGCACAAAUGAUACAAUUUAUCGUGGUGCUAUUAUACGUAUCGCAUCCAUUGAUACUAUGUAACAAAAUCACACGUAUUUGGUUCACCAUAAUGCUUAUUAUACAUUUAUUAAUAAACUUUUUCAAUUUCCAUAAUUUCUAUGUAAGAUCAUACAAGAAAAAUCAGUAAAAAUGUAUAAAAUCUUUAAAUUGCUCCAAUUAUAAAAAGAAUAUGUUGCUCUUUGAAAUAACUCCUGUACUACUUUUAACAAAUAAAAUGCAAG